CCACUUUCUCCUCCCGGCACCGGCUACAAAGCGUUGCGCGCCCGCCUGCUGCCCCUAGUGCAGCCACACACUCGACACUCGACCAGCAGUCGCCGCAGCCGCCGCACGCGCCGUCCACUACACCUCUCUCUGCCCGCAACACUCGCACCGCACCUCACACCUCAAGAUGGCCCGCUACACGCUUCGCCUCGCCCUGCUGGCGGCCGCCGCGCUGUGCCUGAGCGCCUCCCUGGCUGGCGCCCAGCAGCAGCAGCAGCGGCCCAGGGUCUCGGACCAGCAGCUGGACCACGCGCUCGCAGACAAGCGCUACCUCACCAGGCAGCUCAAGUGCGCUCUGGGCGAGGCGCCCUGCGACCCCGUCGGCAGGCGUCUCAAGACCCUGGCGCCGCUGGUCCUCCGCGGGGCCUGCCCGACGUGCACGCCAGAGGAGACGCGUCAGAUCCAGCGCACCCUGUCGCACAUCCAGAGGAACUACCCCAAGGAGUGGAGCAAGCUGGUCAAGCAGUACGCUGGCUUCUAGUCACGGACGCCGCCGCCGCUGCCGCCGCCACUCGUUCGUUUACUUAAGCUCCGGCCCGGAGCCGCGGAAAGCCGAAUUAACGAUGCACUGUUCAAGAAUACCCCGUGCGGGUUCUCUGAAGACCGUCGCCACCUACUGUGUUGCAUCUGAACUCUUUCUGUAAACGGAAGGAGGAAUAUCUUCCGUACAGCCACUGGACCCACUAUGUUCAUUACAGUUUUACAUCUUUGGGAGGAUAAACUGAACGCUAAUUUGCCCAGUGGCACGAUAGUGUUAUUCAAAUGUACUACACUCCCAAAACUUGUCGUAAUUCCAUUUACAAUGGCCCAGUUUUUUAACACGCUAUCUUUUACAAUAUUUGAAACAAGGAAAAAAUGUCAACAAAGGAAUUUCUUCAUAUGACAUGUGAUUUAACAAUAUCUUUCAACAACACAGGUGUCGCAUAUGUGCAAUCCAGCAUGACGCCUCUAUGGCGUAAUAACUCCAGAAACCGGUGACUUUUCUUGUUAGAUGUAGCACUUAUUAUCCUAAUCUUAAGUAUAGUACGAUAGUAAUUUAACUGCUAGUUUAGCCAUUGCAUUUUCUUCAGAAAACUAAGAUUAACCUCACUCAGUUUGUGUGGCAGAAACCUCUGUCUCCAUCAAUGUGUUUUUGUAAGAAUUUUUAUUGGACAACAAUAAAGUAAUUAAAAUAUUA